GGUCACUCGGUGCGAACGCUCUUGUCAAGCCUUAUUCGCAGUCAACUGAUGCAUUUCAUCGUUUUUGCAUACAAUCACCAUUCCUAGUUAAUUCAAGAAAAACCUUUCCACAUGAUGAUACCACUCGUCUGCUUCAUCAAACUACUGGAUACUUCACCAAUCAUCCCCAUCCCACCAAGUGUGGCUGUGAUGCAGCAAACCUACAGUACAUCGCGAAUCAGAUUUGCAAGAUGCUCAGCCUGCUGCACCAAACCACAUGACGGCGACAACGGCCUGUGCCUCACAAUAAGGGCCUGAUCCCACGCAGAUUACGGAUAAAAGGGCAGCUAACCCCGCUUUCCACACUUCCAACUUGCUCGGUAUCUUGCGGCAGUACCAUCACCAUUCUUGCUUGUCAACCGUAUCUUGACGUUUCCCAUGCGGCUCAGGCUGUUCGCGCUCUCACCCCCUUCCAUAGCCGCUCUAUUUGCUUACCAUCGAUAGUUAGAACGCCGUCCAUGGGAGACUUUGCAAAAUACACGAUCGGCUGGAUAUGCGCCCUACCUACCGAGUUCAACGCGGCGAAAGCUUUCUUCGACGAGAAGCACCAAGACUGCCCUCCUGUCGCACAUCACGACAACAACAGCUAUGCGCUGGGCAGGAUUAGCCAUCAUAACGUUGUGGUCGCCGUCUUGCCUGACGGGGAGUAUGGUACAACUUCGGCUGCCGUAGUGGCCCGAGGCAUGCUGCACAGCUUCCCUAAUGUUCGCAUUGGGCUCAUGGUUGGCAUCGGCGGCGGCGCGCCAAGCCCAGAACAGGACGUGCGGCUUGGCGAUGUUGUUGUUAGCAGCCGUGACAGAGGCAAGGGCGGCGUGUUUCAGUACGAUUAUGGCAAACUGGUUCAAAACCAGAAUAUCUCCUUUGAGCACACGGAUUUCUUAGAUCAACCCCCAAUGGCCCUGCGAGCAGCUGUAAGUGCUCUGAAGGGCCAAUACGAAAUGGAGGGGCACCAGCUCAAUGAGCACAUCGAAAAAGCAUUAGCAAGGUGGCCUCGCCUGCGAAAGACAUACGCGCGGCCCCCUUCGAAUAGCGACAGGCUCUAUGAAUCCGAUGUCCUUCAUCCGGAUGGAGCGGACAAAUGCGAUAGCGCAUGCGGCGACAGCCCAUCUCACCUCGUGCAUCGGACUGACCGAAAGGACCUUGACGAUAAUCCCGCCAUCCACCAUGGAUUGAUUGCUAGUUCGAAUCAGCUGAUGAAAAAUGCCAAAAUCAGGGAUACCAUGGCAAAAGAGAAGGGCGUUCUAUGUUUUGAGAUGGAAGCGGCUGGUCUGAUGAACCAUUUCCCGUGCCUGGUGGUCCGUGGGAUCUGCGACUACUCCGACUCACACAAGAACAAAGAAUGGCAAGGGUUCGCAGCGAUGACGGCGGCUGCUUACGCGACGGACCUUUUGCGUCAGAUUCCGCUGAAUAAGGUCGAGGCCGAGACACCAAUCGGGGAGACAAUGAGUCAAAUUCAAAAAGAUCUCAGCUCUGUGCACGACGUUGUGACUGGAACACAUACGGCUGUGACAGCCUUCAGAGACGAUCAGCAUGUUCGAAAACUUCAUCGCUGGCUAUCACCUGCAGACCCGUCGACCAACGUCACAAUAGCGAGAGAACGCCGACAUGCUGGCACUGGGUGUUGGUUGCUGGAAAGUACCGCAUUCCGUGAGUGGGUGGCUGGGAAACGCCAACAUUUAUGGCUCUAUGGUCUUGCGGGAUGUGGCAAGACAGUCUUGAGCACUACAAUUCUCGACCAUCUCGAGGAAAUGGGCGCGCACCUCACAUUGAGGUUCUUCUUCGAUUUCAGCGAUACCAGGAAGCAAACUCUGGAGGACUUGUUGCGCUCGUUGGCGAUUCAACUUCACCAUACCGGGAUAGAGGCUGCAAAAGCGCUUGACAGACUUUUUACUUCGAGCGACGACGGCCGCCGACAGCCAGGCGUCAGCGCUCUUUCGGCCUGUGUUGACUCGAUGUUACAGAGCUCUUCAGACAGCGCCGUCGUCCUAGACGCUCUGGAUGAAUCUACAACGAGAGAUAAGCUCCUUUCCUGGAUUGGGCGACUUUCCAGCAGCCCGAACGCGAAGCGCAUCAAGCUUAUCGUGACUGGGCGGCCCGAAGCAGAAUUUCAACACGAGAUUCCUCGGCUUUUCGGCGAGAAUAACUGCAAGCUGCUGAGCAAAGAGGCUGUCAACGCGGACAUAAGCUCCUUUGUCGACUACGAGCUCCAUCAGCGGCCUGACUUCAAGGACAAGAAAAUACCUCACGAUCUCUUAAAUCAAAUACGCAGCCAGGUCGGAGACGGAGCGGAUGGGAUGUUUCGAUGGGCGGCUUGUCAGUUGGACAGCCUUGCCAAAUGCCUCCACCCUCAAGCCAUCAGAGAAGCUUUACGCAAUUUGCCCGGGGAUCUCAACGAAACGUACCAGCGCAUGCUUCGGAGCAUACCGCCAGAACUCAAAGACGAUGCAUUCCGUCUGCUACAGUUUCUAGUCCACGCCAAACGACCAUUGACAGUAUCGGAAGCUGUGGACGUGAUUGCCACGCUGAUAGAGAAAGGCCAACGAGGGUUUAAUGUCGAACGCAGACUACUUCGCGACGACGACAUACUGUGUUACUGUCCCAGUUUGGUAACAAUCGCUAAGGUCGAGCGACACAAGGGAAUAGUAAGAGAAGUACAGCUUGCCCACUUUUUAGUCAAGGAAUACCUGGUGGAACGAAACCAGUUCAACCUUGAAAUGGCUAGCAGCGCAAUCGCGAGGACUUGCUUCACUUACAUCAGAAGCAUUGAUUGUAGAUUCGAGAUCAUGAGAACCACUUGCCCUCUGGCACGGUAUGCUGCGGAGGUUGCACUGGGACAUGCCCAAUUGGCAGAAUCGUCUCAUGAGGCUUUUGACGACACAGCAACCUUCUUCCAAGAAGAGACCGCUUUUAUAAGAUGGCGCUAUCUCUAUCAGCCCGGUAGACCUCGGAAUGAUGAGCUUAUCUUCCCUGAAGCAGGAUGCCUGUAUUAUACUUGUCUCGGUGGACUAUCAAGGGUAUCUAGAUUCCUCAUUGACAAAGGAGCAGAUAUCAACGCACAGGCUGGCGAGUACGGUAACGCUCUCCAGGCUGCCUGUAAAGAAGGCCAUCAAGAGAUCGUACGGCUUCUCCUCGACAAAGGCGCACGCGUUAAUGCCCAGAGCGGCUACUACGGCAACGCUCUCCAGGCUGCCUCUUAUAACGGUCGUCAAGAGAUCGUACAGCUCCUUCUCAACAAAGGCGCAGACGUCAACGCACAGGGCGGCUACUACGGCAACGCCCUCUACGCUGCCUCUUUUAGAGGCAAUCAAGUGGUAGUACAGCUUCUCGUCGACAAAGGCGCCGACGUCAACGCACAGGUCAUCGACUACCUACACGUGCAGGGCGGGUACACCAACGCUCUUCAGGCUGCCUCUUAUAAUGGUCAUCAAGAGACCGUAAAGCUUCUACUUGAUAGAGGCGCAGACGUCAAUACGCAGGGCGGAGAGUUUUAUAACCCUCUUGCUCUCCAGGCCGCCUCAUCAGGAGGCCAUCAGGAGAUUGUACGGCUUCUCCUCGACAAAGGCGCCGACGUCAAUGCCCAGAGCGGCAGGUACGGCAGCGCUCUCCAGGUUGCCUCAUCAGGAGGCCAUCAAGAGAUCGGACAUCUUCUCCUCGACAAAGGCGCGAACGUUAACGCAAACGCAAAGGACUAUAAGUACGGCAGCGCUCUUCAGGCUGCCUCUGAAGAAGGCCAUCAGGAGAUCGUACAGCUUCUCGUCGACAAAGGCGCCGACGUCAACGCACGGGGUGGCGACUUCUACAGCAACGCUCUCCAGGCUGCCUCUUCUGGAGGCUAUCGAGAGAUCGUACAGCUUCUCCUUGACAAAGGCGCAGACGUCAACGCGCAGGGCAACUACUACGGCAACACCCUCUACGCUGCCUCUUCUGGAGGCGAUCAAGAGGUCGUACAGCUUCUCCUUGAAAAAGGCGCCGACGUCAACGCACAGGGUGGCGAACAUGGCAACGCUCUCCAGGCUACCUCUUCUGGAGGCUAUCGAGAGAUCGUACAGCUUCUCCUCAACAAAGGCGCAGACGUCAACGCGCAGGGCGGCUACUACGGCAACGCUCUCCAGGCUGCCUGUUCUCAAGGCUAUCAAGAAAUCGUACAGCUUCUCCUCGACAAAGGGGCAAGUAUAUAAGACAAGUACUUUCAAAGAAUAUAUCCCAAGGGAGUCACCAUUGUUCUGGAGGAUGGUUACUGUAGAUGUACUGCGAGGCUAAUUCGGCAGCGGCUUUAAACUGACUGUAUAGCACUGAAGGCACCGCCUUUGUCACCAUUUUCUCAUUCGACGCGGCGUGGGAAUGGUGUUUCGUGUGAAAUGAUCCACACCAUUUACUGAUUCUUGAUGUCUUUGAUAAGAGCUUAAACUUUUUUUUAAAGCACUUCGGCGGUCCAAUGUAGCCACCUUUACCUACAAGUAACAGAGCACCUAUGGUCGGGCAAACGCUACUUCAAAUCCUUUGAUAACCUUUUUGUGAAAAGGAUCGGCUUUAUUUCUCUGGCAUGCUUCACUUCAUGGCUAUACGGCGGCGCAGGUGCUAUUGUAGCAAAAUGGUUCUUCCCAAACGUUUACUCACAGAGAAUGCGGUUGGAAUUUAUGGCGGUGGGUACGGGCUUGAGUGUAGAUAUAGAGCCCAAAAGUGGAAUCUAGAUUGCUUGAACAUUGGUCGGACGGAGAACCAAUUCAGUAUGAAAGAUAGUUGGACAGCCGAUUAGUACCGGAUGCCUGUCUGAAGGUAAGCAGAAGUGUACCUUUUCGUCGGCCGCACUGUAAAGAUGCCCCAUUAAGUCUCCACUAGGCACACUACUUUUCAAGACUUAUGUCGACGUAUCGUUACUGCAUUACGGUCCAGAACUUGCGCGAAGCUGCGAAUAUUUUUGGCUUACGCUUGUACAUCAAAGUUUUCUCAAGUACCCGUGGCCUGUGCACCCAGACUGCAAUGAGUGUAAGGAGGACAUGCAAAGUGCACAUAGCUGUACAUACGAGAUGGUUAUCUGACCCUACACUUCUAGAAGCUAGCAUGCCCCAUUCACUGGCGAACCUCGCGGACAGUAAGACGGCAAGAAAGAAGAUGAAAAACACCCUUCCAUGUAAUGUAGCUGACUUUACAUACGGGACCAAAGAUCAGCCAACAGCUCUUGGCAUGAUCAAUCCUGCGACCAAGACAACCCAGAAAUAUCUACUUGAUUCGGGAAGGAAGAGGCGGGUGCAGCUCGAGGCGAGUGCAGCAAGCACCGUUCACUAAGAUUUGUUAGCCACAUCACUCAGAACAACCAAAGGCUGCCGAGUUUGCGACCAAACAAGAAUGCAAAAUGGUCCGACCAGAGAACAAUUCCAUCGGCGCCUGUAAAACAUAUCUUUUCAUACCAAC